AUGGCUCGAUCAUCACGACGCUCCCAGCCGUUGAGUGAUUGUCCACAUACUCGGUACAUUCCUUCCUACCAGCUUGAUGUAGCGAUGUACUACUCCGUAGCGUUUACCUACUACAUCCUCGCUUUAACGGGCCCAUCUAUUUGGCCAACAUCUUCAUAUCCGGAGACCGUCCGUCAUCCCAAGCUAUCCUCUACAUCCACUCUGGUCCACUGUGGAGCUGGUUAUUCCAUCGUUUGGACUGUCGAUCCCAUACUAGUCCCCGAAUGGCUGCGAAUACUUGGAGCUAUUGGAGAGACCAUAGAACUUAAUUGA